UCUUAUCACUAACAAAUUUUGCUUCAGAUUUUUCUUUCUUUGCUGCAAAAACCUUAUCUUUGCAAUGGCUUCAUCUUCUUUAGUACUUCCAUCUAUAUCUGCUAAAUGCAUUUUCCAUUCACAAACCCUAAAACCAUCACUCUCUUUCCACUCAGUUUCACUAAAGCUUUCAAGCAAACCCAUUUCUAUUACUUCUUCAUUUCUCUCUGAGAAAGUAGCAUUUAGAAGCUCUCGUUUUGUUGUACCUAAAGUUGCAGUUACUUCAGAAUUUGGCCAAGAAGAAGAUGUUUCAAGUGGUGAUGAAGGUGCUGUUGAGCAGAAUUUCUCUCAGGAUUUGAGACUUUUUGUUGGUAACCUUCCUUUUAAUGUUGAUAGUGCUGAAGUUGCUGAAUUGUUUGAGAGAGCUGGAAAUGUUCAGAUGGUUGAGGUAAUCUAUGACAAGCUAACUGGAAGAAGCAGAGGGUUUGGGUUUGUUACCAUGUCUUCUGUUGAGGAAGUUCAAGCUGCAGCACAGCAGUUCAAUGGCUAUGAAAUUGGGGGUAGAGCUAUUAGAGUGAACUAUGGACCACCUCCACCUAAGGAAGAUUUUCAGUCGAGAGGACCUCGAGGUGGUGGAGGCGGUGGUUCUGAUUCAUCUAAAAGGUUAUACGUGGGUAACCUUUCAUGGAAUGUUGAUGAUCAGGCACUUGAGAGUUUGUUCAGUGAACAAGGAAAAGUAUUGGAGGCCAGAGUUGUGUAUGACAGGGAGACUGGUAGGUCAAGGGGUUUCGGGUUUGUCACUUACGGCUCAACCGAGGAUCUCGACAACGCACUUUCAUCCUUAAAUGGCGCUGACUUGGAUGGCAGAAAUAUUCGAGUAUCUGUUGCUGAAGAGAGGCCAAGGCGCUUUUGAGCACACCAGAUUUCCACAUUCUCCAUCAAAAAAAUGCCUUUUGGUAUAGUUCUGAAACCUUGCUUUUCUUAAUAGCUUACUUAUAUAUCAAAUAGGCGCGCGAGCAACCGAGAUGUGGCUUUGAUGCCCUAAUCUUCAGAACCACGUUCUUUUUGUGCUACAAGUGCCUCUCUUAGCACUAACCAUUUUCACCAAUGUGCUCUUCUGGUGGCUUCAAGAUGUAUCAAAAGAGGACUGUUAUAGAGCUCCGAACUAUUUUGAUGUAACAACUGAAUAACAAAUUUUGAUCCUUUCCCUCCUCUCUGGUUAUAUGUAUCUUGUAUUAUUUCAUUUUGCAUGCGAUCCAAAAUGUUUUCUUA